CUUAAUCUCAGUAGGGUGUGUCUACUGACAGCAGACCUGAACUGUUUCAAUGAGGAACUGCUGGCCAGCUACAAGAAAGACUGGUCUUUUGAUUGUUGUGAUUUCUGCCUUGGAUUAUGCCUUACCAUGGAAACAUCAAUCCCUUCGCUUCUGCUGGUUCUGUGGCUCAAGAGUUUGCUGAACUGGCUGGUGGUCGUGGUGCAGCGACACUAUGUGAUCAGGAGUUUCUCAGGAUUCUUCUGCAUUUCAUUGGCACUGAUUGACAGUCUCUUGAGUUUUGUCCUCAUGGCUAUUUUCUAUCUGGAAGACUUCAACAUCUCAGGCUGGCACUUGACCAGGUAUUGCAUAUGCCUGCUGGCUCAGAUUACUUGUUUUAUCUACGCCGUGCUCCACUGGCCAGUCUUCCUCCUUGUAGGACUAGAUAACUUCUGGAAGCUAUCAUCAAGCUCAAUACACACAUCCUGGAAACAAAAACUGACUUACUGUGCUGGAGUGUGCCUCCUUUGGAUUCUAGCAGCGUUGUACGUUUUCUCGGAGCCUGAUGUUGUUCUGUUAUUAGGAGAUGAUGAGACGCACCAGUGCGAGCUGUUUAGUAGCCCUCAGAGUUCUCAGGUUCUCGCCGCGUUGCUGCUGGCAGUCACCGGCUUCAUUCUUUACUCGUACGCUCCGCUAGAGAAAUGGAGGGUGCAGGUGUUUCUGCAUUUCGCUCAACAAAGCUGUGUGGUUUGUUUGUACGUUCCUCAGCACGUGGGCCUCGUUUCUCGUUCUGAUGAUCGUCUCGCCGCUGCUCCGGAUGGAGCUGAACGCCGCUAG